ACUGAUCAUUUAAUUGAUAUACAGUGUAGAAAAUAAAGCAGCCAUGUUUAAAUAUCUAGUUGUUCUAAUAUGCGUUGGGGCUCUUGUAUACUGUCAAGAUGAUGACACUACAGAACCAGAACCAGAAACAACCACACCUGAACCAGAACCAGAAACAACUACACCUGAACCAGAACCAGAAACAACUACACCUGAACCUACUACAAUCGAACCAGUGACAUGUCCACCGUACGAUCCAAACAACAAUACACCAAUAUAUCUGCCGGACCCAGUUUAUUGUGGAAUAUUUUAUGAAUGCGCGGCUGGUAUUGCAUACAAAUUCGAAUGUGCUGGUGGGACUUACUUCAACGCUACAACCAGCAGAUGCGACUGGAACGUAGAUUGCGGUGAUAAAACUACAACUCUGACCCCGCCAACAACUACGUCAACUACUACAGAAGGACCUCAAGACAUAUAAUUUUGUUGAAACUUCAUAUUUGAAUACGUUUAAUAACAAUAUAUUAUAUAUUAUUCACAUUAAACAGAAUAAAAUUAUUUUUUUUU